CACUAUAAAUACUUGUCCCCUUUAAACCUCAUUUUCCCACACAAGCAAAUCACAAAAACUACAAGUUUAACCCCCCCAACCGCUCACACACACACAAAAAAAAAAAAAUCAUAACUUUUUUCACUAGCUAAAUAAAAUGGGAUUUUCCCAUUCUGAGUUUUCAAGAAUGUUGUUUAUUACUCUUUUUGUCAUUAUGAAUUGUUGCAUGGUUUCUUAUGGUGGAAAUUUCUAUCAAGAAUUUGACUUAAAUUGGGGUGGCAAUAGGGCCAAGAUAUUCAAUGGAGGCCAACUUCUUUCUUUAUCUUUGGACAAAGCAUCUGGCUCUGGUUUUCUAUCCAAAAAGGAAUAUCUUUUUGGGAGAAUUGAUAUGCAACUUAAACUUGUUGUUGGAAAUUCUGCUGGCACUGUCACUUCCUACUAUCUAUCUUCUCAAGGACCUACUCAUGAUGAAAUUGAUUUUGAGUUCUUAGGAAAUGUUACUGGUGAACCAUAUAUUCUCCAUACAAAUGUCUAUAGCCAAGGCAAAGGAGAUAGAGAGCAACAAUUUUACCUAUGGUUUGAUCCUACAAAGAAUUUCCACACCUAUUCAAUCAUUUGGAAACCCCAACACAUCAUUUUCUUGGUGGACAACACACCAAUAAGAGUAUUCAAGAAUGCUGAAUCACUUGGUGUACCAUUUCCCAAGAACCAACCAAUGAGAAUUUAUUCAAGUCUAUAUAAUGCUGAUGACUGGGCCACAAGAGGUGGACUAGUAAAAACUGAUUGGUCAAAAGCACCAUUCACAGCAUAUUAUAGAAAUUUCUAUGCUUUAGCAAAUCUCAGUUCUCAGAUGCAAAAUGGCAAAAUCAAGAACUUGAUGCUUAUGGUAGAAGAAGACUUAGAUGGGUUCAAAGGAAUUUCAUGAUUUAUAAUUAUUGUACUGAUUACAAAAGAUUUCCUCAAGGGUUCCCUCCUGAAUGUAGAAAAUUUUGAGUUGUAUGGUUACUUUCCUUAAACCUAAAUGAAUGGAAAAGCUUAAGGUUUACAAAAAGAAAAAAAAUAUAAAAACACACAGAUUUUCUAAA